GGGGCGACAACUCUCUCAGGUCUUCUGGCCCAAGAGCCUAUCGACUCUAUGGCACACAAUGAGGAGCCGGUUGUGGGGGUUUUUUUCAGCGAGGGGAGAAGAGCGGAAUUUUUCAAGGCAUUUAUGGGAACGCAACAAAAAGAAGGCUUGAGACUGCCUCUAUGCCUGGCAGAGACCGAGGGAGGCGUUUUAUGAGAGAAUGAGCCGCACAAAAGCUCCUCGGAGCCUUCCGGAAGUGAAAUGGCGGGAGCCUCAGCCUCUCCAUCCACCUCCCGGAAGCGGAAAUAGAAUCCCAGCGUGCCCCUUCCUCACUGCCCUCCAAAUCCCGCUGCAGCCAUUGCCGCAACCACGAUGCCGAAACGAAAGAAGCAGAAUCAGCAGCAGCCGCCGCCACCGCAGCAGCCCCCGCUGCCAGAGCGGGAAGAGAUUGGAGACGAGGAGGAUGGGAGUCCCAUCGGACCACCCAGCCUUCUGGGCCCUCCCCCCAUGGCCAAUGGAAAGCCUGGUGACCCCAAGUCAGCUCUUCACAGAGGUCCUCCAGGAUCAAGGGGACCCAUGAUUCCACCACUGCUGAGUCUCCCACCUCCUCCCCGGGGCAGAGGCCCAAUUCGGGGAGGCCUAGGCCCCAGGUGUGGCCCAUAUGGUCGUGGUUGGUGGGGGGCCAAUACUGAACCUCCUUUUCCUGGACCAGGCCAUGGGGGUCCUUCCAGGGGAGGCUUUCACAAAGAGCAGAGAAAUCCUCGAAGGCUCAAAAGUUGGUCUCUUAUCAAAAAUACCUGCCCACCCAAGGAUGGCCCCCAAGCUGUGGAAGACAAAUCCAACCGCCCUGUCUGCCGACACUUUGCCAAAAAGGGCCACUGUCGAUAUGAGGACCUCUGUGCCUUCUACCACCCAGGCGUCAAUGGACCGCCUCUGUGAGACUGUGCCUUCCCAUCGAGGCUGGAAGGAGCCCUCUGACCUAGCGGCCAUAUGUUUCCCUGUGGCCCUGUGAUGGCUACUGUGAGGCUGUUCCACCCACCACCCUCAGUCAGUGACACCCACCCCCAUCCGCCACCUCCCCAAUUUGGGGUCCAGAGCUGUGUUUCAUCAUUGAUACCCAGUGUGUGGGCUUUCUUCUGAUCCAGCCUCCAGAGACUCGCCUUCAGGACCCCAUCUUUGCUCCCUUCAACUGCCUCCUGGAUCCUCUUCCCCCUCGCCAACUGACUGCUGAACAGGAAACCUCUUUGGUGCUGUUUCUUGUGCAUCUGUCCACCCAGCCCCCGGUACUGCCCUCGAUUCCUGAGAGCCCUGGAGCAGUUUCCUACCAUUCCCUUCUUCUAGCUGCUUGUUUUAAGUCCUUUUUAUGUGACAGCCCCUACCCCCAAAGUUGCCAGUUGCUCUGUGAAACUCACCAGGUUGACCUGGGGUCAAGUAUGGAUGACUGGUGCAGAGUUACUCCCUGAAAGGCCACUCUCCCUGCUUUUGGAUUUUGUAGUUUCUACGUCAGUAGCAUGAUCCCCACCGCUCUGGUCUGUGAUCACUGUGCUUUGUGAAACUGUGCAUCCCCUCGUACGUAGCCUUUCUCAGUGUCCGUGGCAUCUUUGUGACUUCCCAACACUAGAAUAAGUUUUUCUGCCAAAAUGAGUGAGGCUCUUGGUGCCCUCUAGACUUUCCACACCUCCCAACAUGGGAGAAUUGUGAAACUUUCCACAAGACUGCCUCCCUGGUCUCCCAUUCUCCUGGUGUCGGUUUUUCUGGGUUUGACACAAGCCCAUGAGAUGUCUCUGAAGCUUCUGACGGGCUACCCUAUUUGCUCUCCAGCCCACUUUAGUUAGAGUACGUCAUUGUGAGGCCACCAGCCCUUUCGUCUGAAUUCUGUGAAUCUCCACCCGGCCUACCUUUGGGUGGAACCUGGACAGUACUGUCGCCCUCAUCUAAGCUUCUUCCCUACAUCCCUGGCACUGGUUGUUUUCUGUGAAAACGGCAGUGAACAGGUUCGGUUUUGAACUGGCCCUGAGGAAAUGGGUCAGGAGUUGUGUGGGCAAGAUGGAAGGAUGAGAGCCGUUGGAGAACUGAGAAUGAAUUUUUUUUUUCUUUUUAACAUUUUUUUAUAUUAGUAAUAAAUGCAGUGGAAACAAGCAUUUUCCUCAA